UAAACACCAUUCCUCCUCAGCUCCCAAACCCAACACAAAACAGAUUUAUGAAUAUUCACUCAUUCUCAGUCCCUUCAAUAAUUUUGUAUCUCCUCAUAACAUCCAUAUACAGCAGUCAUAAUGAUAAUGUAGACCUUUUCACAGGCGACGUAUCAAUUAACUGCGGCUCGACCGGCAUUUUCCUGGCGCCGAACGGCCGGGAAUGGGUUGGGGACAUGACAAACCCGAAAUCCGCUUCGAUUAUGCAAAUAAAAGGCCACUCGACAACCUCAGCGGCUAAGGCAAGUCGAUAUCCGGCGAUCGAGUACCUUACGGGUCAUCAAGAAUUUCCCAUUCGCGAUUCGUGUACGCAUUCCGAGUGGGCCCGGGCCCAAAAAUCCUCCGCCUUCACUUCAACGCGGCCCAAUACAAAGGCUUCAAAGGACUCGAGGACUUGUUCACGGUCCAAGCCGGCCCAUUUACCUUGCUCGGCAACUUCAGCGCUUGGCUCACUGCACUUUAAUGUAAGUUUUGCUCCAGAACCGGGUUCAUAUGCGUUUGUGAACGGCAUCGAGAUUAUAUCCUUGCCGGAAAACGUAUCCUAUUUUCACAAUGGAGACAUCGGAGUUCAAGCGGUGGGUCGAAAGUCCCCUGUCCACGUAGACCGCCACACGGCACUCGAGUUAGUCCACCGGCUAAAUAUUAUCAAAGAAAGUUCCAGUGAAGAACUUGACGACGACACGUUUCCAAUGUGGGAUUUGCGAAGAGCCGAAAAGGCGAAAAACCGAACAUGGGAAGUACCGGUGGAUGUGGGAUUCAGGUACAUGAUCAGACUUCAUAUCUCACAAUUGGGACUCAAGAUUAUUGCAAGGACGACAAGUGAUUAUAAACUCCUCAUCAACGAAGCAAUCGCUCUCACGAAUAUCGACUUAGCAAACGAACCUAGAAACGAGAGGAGAAGGUAUUAUUACAAGGACUACCUAGUGACAAUGAGGGGGCACAAAGAAGAAGGAAAACGUCGACUCUCGAUUUCUCUACAUUCCCUAGACGGGCUUCAACUUCUAUCCGGGUUCGAAAUAUUCAAACUUACCAACCCGGACAAUAGUCUCGCAAGCCCGAAUCCCUUUCCUCCACCAUCUCAAAACCCAUCGUCCAAAACCACCCGUGUUAUUUUUUCUUCGACCUCGUUCGCGGCCUUACUCGUAAUUUCCCUAGCAAACAUCAUCGCGUACAAACUUGGCGAGAAUUCGGAAGCUUAUAACUUAGCUCGGGAGCCGGACAACAAGCAGCCUUCCGCCAGAGCCGAACGUCUCUGCCGCCGUUUUUCGCUGGUCGAGAUGCAAUUCGCCACACAGGACUUCAACGGCGGGCUCCAAAUCGGGAGGGGCGGAUUCGGAAAAGUCUACAAGGGCAUCAUCGUCAUCGACAGAGGAUGUCGAAAGUCGGUCGCAAUCAAGAGGCUAAAACCGAACUCGAGCCAGGGGGCCCACGAGAUCCUGAUGGAAAUCGAGACGCUCUCCGAGCUUCGUCACGCGAAUCUAGUUUCUCUAAUUGGCUACUGCAACCAGCACAGGGAAAUGAUUCUCGUGUACGACUAUAUGCCAGGUGGCACGCUGGCCGACCGUCUCUACAGGCUUCGGAGGACGAGCGGCAGCUGUCCACCGCUGAGCUGGAAGCAACGUCUCGAAAUCUGCAUCGGGGCAGGGCGCGGGCUCGACUAUCUCCACACCGGCCACGGAAUCAUACACAGAGACGUGAAGAGUACAAACAUCCUGCUCGACGAGAACUUGGUUGCUAAGGUCUCAGAUUUCGGCCUGGCCAAACAGGAAGACAGGAGCAAGCUGCAGAGCCACGUCAGCACGGGUGCCAAGGGCACAAACGGGUACAUGGACCAGCAUUACCUCCACACGCGCAAGCUGACGAGGAAAACCGACACGUACGCUUUCGGCGUGGUGCUUUUCGAAAUGCUGACCGGGCGGCCUGCGGUGGAGGGAGAACACAUUUUGACGAUAUGGGCACUUGACAGAAUAAACAAGGGAGAAGUCGAGCAGAUAGUGGAUUCGAGUCUAAAGGAGGAGAUUUUGCCGGCAAGUCUGAAGACGUUCGUGCAGAUUUCCGAGAGGUGCUUGCGAGAGGAUCCAAAGAGUCGGCCCACGAUGGCUCAGGUCGUGCACCAGCUUGAGCUAGCGCUCGAGCAGCAGGACAGUGAGGUAACGAGUGCUUCACAUGAAGAAAGGAACUCGAGUAGUGAUGGGCAAUCACCAAUGGCUGAUCGACACGUGGCGGAUUUGGAACCUUCGCGUGAAGAACAGACGAGAAGACAAUCAGUUACUGCUACUGAGGUUCCACCUGCAAGAAGAGAUGAGAGAAAACGAAAGCCGUUACGACUUUGGCCGUGGGAUGCGCUUUGGAACAGACCCAAGAAAACCAGUUUGUUAUCGGAUAAAGCCAACAUAAGAGCGAACAGAUACGACUGGGACAUGAUUGUGGAUGCCACCAAUCAGUUCUCUAGUAAUCGUAAAAUCGGACAAGGUGGAUUUGGCUCUGUAUAUAAGGGAGUGUUGCCCACAGGAGAGUUAGUUGCAGUCAAAAGGCUUGAAGAUGAUUCUACACAAGGCCUCGUUGAAUUCACGAACGAGAUUCAUUACCUUCCCGAUCUUCAGCAUAGAAACAUCAUAAAGCUACUCGGCUAUUGCAUUCAUCGAGAAGAAAAGCUGCUCGUUUACGAGUUCAUGGAGAAUGGAAGCCUUGAUACUUACAUAGGAGAUGAAGUCCAAUGUGAUGUUCUCCCAUGGGAAGUACGAUUCAAUAUCAUAAAAGGGAUUGCUCGAGGACUUGUGUAUCUCCAUCAAGAUUCGGGACUCAGGGUCAUUCACAGGGACCCUAAGUUAAACAACAUCUUACUAGACUGUGAGAUGAAUCCGAAAAUUUCCGACUUUGGAAUUGCCAGGACCUUAGCAGAAAGUGAUUCUCAAUCAGAGACCACCGGGUUAGUCGGGACCCGUGGGUAUAUUGAUCCAGAAUUCUUGAUGACCUUCAAAUAUUCAGUUAAAACCGACGUGUACAUCUUUGGGACUGUGAUCUUGGAAAUCGUGAGAAGCAAGCGAGUGACUAAUUGGUGGAGAAUGAACUCAUCAGUUUCGGGCGAGACCAAGGACUUUCGUGGCUACGCAUGGGAGCUUUGGAAAGAAGGGAGAGUGUGUGAUCUGGUAGAUGAAAGACUUGAAAGGGCUUAUCCUGAGGAAGAGGCUUUAAGGUGCAUUCAAGUCGCCUUAUUGUGCACCCAAACGCUACCAAAUCAAAGACCCGAAAUACGCACCGCGCUUAAAAUGUUGGAGGCCGACGAGCCACUACAAGAGCCGACACGACCAGGCAAUAUUCAAUUAGCGAGGCAAUAUUCAACAGGCAGCAGUGCUGCAACAUUUGAACUUGACGACACGCUUGAAAGAUAGGUUCGAAAAAUAGUGAAAAAAUUUAAAAAAAAAAAAAAUGUGGAGAAUGAAGACCUUCUUGAGCUAGUUAGUAUGUAUGGACUGAGGUGUGAACUAUAUGUAACCAAUUGCUUCAAUAAUGAGCUCUAUGCUUAAAAUGUUGGACAUCACGAGCCCGGGUGAACCCACGACAGCCAUGGCCGAUAGAUGUUGGAAUCAUCGUUUUUCUUGAAAAUAUGAAGUAGCAUUGCACGGUUUACAUGGA